AUGGAUGUUACUAAACGUAACCAAGUUGUUCGGCGAAACAAAUAUUGCCAUAAUUGCUUGGCACGUACACAUCUGGCCCAAAAUUGUAGUAGCCCUGAUACUUGCUUAAAAUGUGCGUUACCGCAUCAUACAUUACUCCAUCCUAACCAUCAUCAGCGAGAUCAACCGCCAAGACGAUCGGUGCAUCAACGUGUUGGUCAACGAAAUGGUGUAUCAAAGAGGCCAAACAAAAGGACACAAACGGGUGCAAGCAAACCUAAGCCACUACAAGAGCCCACAGAUAGAAAUCAGCCUAAUCAAAAAAUAUUGUCGGAAGCAAUUCGUUCUCUAGCUGCGGUCUUGUGUGCUACUACCAAAACAACCUAAUUGCAACGCUGCAAGGAGUGGCGGCAUGUUUAAUUUAGCAUAAUGCAUUUCUCAUAUUAUUAAAUUUAUAUUUUAAAUAUUAAAGAAUGUCGGUUAAUUUACAGUUUAGAAACCACUGAAUUACAAACUUUUCAUACUGUUAGUUAACCAUAUAAAAUAACAUUGUCAUUUGUCAUUUAUAAAAGUCGUUAUAUCAUGUAAACUUUUACAUUUUUUGUUAAAACCGAACCUUAACGAUAAUGUGUUAGUUUUUAAGAAAAUUACUUACAUUAAAACUACCAAAAGGUGAGCAUCUCUUGCUUAAAUAAACAUCUCAUUUGAAUUUAUUAUAA